AUGGCAUACUCGAUUGGUAUCAAUGAGAAUAUCAAUUCCCCAGAGGGUGUCACCCUUGAUCACCAGGUAGCACUCCGAACGUGGUGGACUCUUUAUAGCCUGGAGUCAGAACUCUGUCUUGAGUACGGGAGACCCCUCAGCAUCCGCGAGACCGAUGCCAAGGCAUCUUAUCCAACAGAGUAUCCGGUAAGCUCGUUCAAUUCGCUCGAACGGGCACCUUCACUUAUCAAAAAGCAGGAUGCCGAGGCAAAAUCGGCCAGCAAAAAGACAUUCAUCAUCGUAAUGGCGAAGUUUUCGAGAGUCGUUCGCAAGAUCAUUGAUUUGGCAUCCAAUAUCAACGAGAGAACAGAUGCCUUGCAGUCUUUUGUGGGUCGAAUGAUGAACCAUCAGGCUGAGCUCAUGACCUGGAGGGCGGAGCUUCCCGUGCAUUUAGCACCCAAUGAUACAGGGACAGUCGAAGGAUUGCGAGCCUGGGGCCAAGUUCCCUGGAUGCAACACCAGUGUUUGGAUAUUGAGCUAAGGUUCAACCAUGUGAUGCUGGUCAUGCAUCGUCCAUUCUUUGCAAAUGUUACCUUCUCAACGCCAUUCUACUCAUCUGUCAUGGCCAGAAGCGUCUGCAUUGGUGCCGCACGAGAAACCAUUCUCCUUGUGCACAAGGUGCUGGAGGAUCCGUGCAAACAGAGGUCAUGCUACUACCAUCGUGUCUUGGCUGCAACGCUUGUGGUUAUCGCAAGCGCUUUCGACAGCUCUGGAGACGAAAGGAUUAACCUGGGAGAUCUAUGCUCUCAAAGCGCAGAGAUCUUCAGCCGAAUGCGCUUUGGUUGUCCGGCUAAGGGGCUUGAAUUGGUGAGGAUGUUGAUCCACCUAUUCCAGCUUUCCCACGCAGAAAUCCAGUCAGUGGAGAUCUGA